AUGCUGGCCUCAAAACUUCUCUCUUCAGCUCCCCACAUCGCCACUCAGCAAGCUCUGCUCGUCCUCGACCUGCAGAACGACUUCGUCAGGCAACACGGGAAUCUGUUUGUCUCCAACACCGCUGAUUUUCUGUCGCUCAUUCCGGACCUCGCUCGAAUUUUCCGCGCCUCUGGAGAGGUUAUCUGGGUGCAGAGUGUGUUUGAAGGGCGCCGGCCCGUGGUCAACGAAGGUCUAGGAGGGGAUACCGUUGUGUUGGAGGAUGGACCGCCUGUUACCAGCACGCCCGCGCCCAAAGGAUUGUCUAAGAAGAAACAAGCAGCAGAGCAGGCUCGGCAAUCUUUGUUCUCAGACGACCCCGAAGCCUUCCUCUCGGUCUCAGACAAAGCCUGUGCCGGACGGCGAUGCUGCCUACCAAACUCCUCCGGAUUCCACUUUCCUGCCCCCAUCCUCGCUGCCAUAGAUCCCAACGAGGACACGGUUCUUGUCAAGUCAGAGUACUCGGCUUUUGAGACCCAGGGCCUGCUUCUCUCCCUCCGUUCUCGAUUUGUCACCGAGAUUUUUGUCUGCGGCUCGCUCUCCAAUGCCUCCGUGUAUGCGACCGCAGUCGAUGCCGUCCGUCACGGUCUCACCGUCACCCUGAUUGAAGAUUGUCUGGGAUAUCGGAGCUCCUUGCGCCAUCGGGAGGCGAUGAGGCGCAUGGCUGAUAUCAUGGGUGCCAAUGGAAUAACGAGUCGUGAACUGAUGGAGGGUCAGGACUUUGCUGCUGCUUCACCCGUCCUGGAGCGGGCAGACUCGUCACUUCUCACUGGAAUCGAGGAGAAAAUAGGUACGCUUGGACUCUCCUCACCCAACUACCAGAAUCCCGACGGCCAAAUUGCCACACACCACUUCAUCGAAGGGGGUGCUGACAAGCCGCAAGAUAUCCUUGAGACAAGCCAGCGGCCAGUCGAUCCUCCCGAGGAGAAAGAUGCAAGGAAACCACAGGACGGCGACCAAUCCAUCGAAUCGCCAUCACCAUCUCAAAAACAAAAACUAUCUCAGCCUCUUGUCUGUACCCCGGGAGACCGCAUUGCAAGCGGCGACUCCCGCAUCCUCUACGAUCUUGCCAUCCCGGCUGACUCUUUCCAGCGGCUGCGGGACGAGGUCGAAUGGCAAAAGAUGUACCAUAUGUCGGGACAAGUUCCCAGAUUGGUCGCUGUUCAGGGUGAUGUUGCCCAAGACGGGUCAAUACCAAUAUACAGACACCCGGCAGAUGAAUCCCCGCCGUUGUCUCCAUUCAGCAAGACUGUUGACAAAAUAAGGGUGGUUGUCGAGAAGGAGCUAGGCCAUCCGUUAAACCAUGCCCUGAUACAGCUGUAUCGGGAUGGCGAAGAUCGCAUCUCUGAGCACUCCGACAAGACGCUUGAUAUUGUCAGGGGAUCUAACAUCUGUAAUGUCAGCUUGGGAGCGCUGAGGACAAUGACACUGCGCACCAAGGCCGAUGCAAAGAAAUCUACCCAUUCUUCACCCGAAAAUUCCAGGCAAACGCAACGUGUUCCCAUGCCCCAUAACUCGCUUUUCAUUCUUGGGGAGAAAUCGAACAUGGAAUGGCUCCAUGGUAUUCGGCCAGACAAAAGACCGGAAAAGGAAAAAUCCAAAGAAGAAAAGGCGUUUAAUGGAGAACGGAUUUCCCUGACUUUCAGACACAUUGGAACGUUCGUCAAUCCCAUAUCAUACACUAUCUGGGGCCAAGGCGCCCUGUCAAAGAAGAAAGGAAAGGCCGGCAAAAUUGUACAUGGAGAUUCUCCUGAGACGGAGCGCAUGAUUCGUGCCUUUGGUCAGGAGAACCAUCAGUCAGACUUUGAUUGGGAUGCGAAUUAUGGACGCGGUUUCGAUGUCGUCAAUUUUGUGACCACUCCUUCUCUGACAUUCUUGCCUGGAGCUUGUGACAAGCCGACAGACCUACGGAUACGCCUUGCAUUGACAGAGAACGGAAUUCGAUAUGAAAUACGAGGCGUUAAGGACCCCCCGUCGAAUGACGAAGCUGACACCAAGGCCUCGCCGGCACCGAAGGGAGAGCCCUCCCUGCUAGUUGACUCAGAUGGAUCUCAUGUCGAAACUGGAAGCAUGGCAAUUCUUCAAUACAUUGCCGAAACUGCCUAUUGCCGUAUUGCCGAUAUCGCGCCCGAUCCUGAUAUGAAAGUGGAUGGCUUGACACUGGAGGAGAGGCUGAAUGCUGUUGACGAAUUGUAUGAAGCAUGGACAACAUCUUCUGAUAGCGACGUUGAGCAGGUUGCAGCGAAGCUAUCUGCCUUCAAUUCCUUAAUCCACGGCAAAUUAUACAUCAACGGAAAAUUGUUUGGAGUUGACGACUGCGCUUUUUGGUCUGUACUUAGAGAGAUCGUGGAAGCCAAAGAUGGAAGUAAGGUGGUCGAGGGAAAAUUCCCUCUGCUCAUGGGGUACUACUCCAGAGUCCGGAAAAGGGCCUGUGUAAAGCAGGUCAUGGAUGAAAUGGCGGUAGCUUCUAGAUAG